AUGGGACGGCCUAAUAAACAUAAAUCGAUAUUGUCUCAGAUUGCAAUAGCUAUAUUGAGUUGUCCGCCUACAUCUGCGUCUACUGAGCGUAGUUUUUCCACAUAUGGACUUCUUCAUACUAUAGAACGUAAUCGUUUAACAAAUGAACGAUCAGCAAAGCUUGUUUACAUUAAACAUAAUUUGAAACUAAAUGAAAUCCCAAAUCAGUCAAAAAUUGGGGUUUCUGAAGACUAUAUUGUUGAAUUUCAGAUGUCAGAAGCAGAUGAAGAAGAACCCGAAGAGGUAAAUUUAUGUCUAUCUGAUUCUGAAGACAAUUAUUAA